UCAUCGUGUAUUCACUGCGUCUGGAAAGCUCUUUUAUAUAUUAAAUUUUUUCAGCAUUGUCUUACUUGACUUCGGUUGAAAGAGUAUACAUAAUCAUUGCGAUAUGGCAACAAAACAGCCUGAAGAAAGUCUCUCAUAUGAGGAUUUUCUGAGCUGGACGCUCUCCACGCUCAAAGACUUUUUGGGCAUUCGUGGCCUAAAGCAAACUGGUGCGAAAUCGGAACUUGUGGCUAGAGCAUUUGGGGCAUAUGAACUAAACGCUCCCAAAAAGUUUACACAAGAGCAAAUAUCCGCAAGCAUUAAGAAGGAAUACGAGAAAAGGCUUCAAUAUCACAAAAUCAAAACCGACCCAAACAGUUUGCCGGAUAAUGCCUGGAAGGACAGUGUAGAAGAUUGGCCUCAGCUAGAUGAUGGUAAGUUAUUUAGUUAUAUUUUAAAAGUUAAAGCAGUAGAUGUUGAUUAUAUCGGCAAAUACAAAGAUGAAAAGGCGUAUUUUUAUUGGAUGAGUGGGUUUGUGGACACAGUGUAUGUUGCAGAAUGUCCUACAGAUGCCACCAUGAUUUUCUUAAAAGGCAAUGUAUGUCCCUCACAGAGGGUCAGAGAUAACCCACACAAAGCAUGGAUCUGUGUUCGAGGUAAGAAUGAGCCUAAUGUUUUAACAUCAUGGUGCACUUGUAUACCUGGCACCGGGGAGGUUUGCAAUCAUGUAAUAGCUAUGCUUUAUAAAGUAAACUUUGCUUUUCAUAAAAAGUUUAUAGCUCCUGCAUGCACAAGUAUGCCACAAGGCUGGAAUAGGGGGACAAGAAAAGAGGUAACACCUGGGCAGAUAAAAAACCUCACUUUUAGAAGGGACAAAAGGUUGAGGAAGGUCACAAAACGAGAUACUGCUUUAGAUCAGACCUUACGGAAAGCCUUUGACCCUCGUAGAGUACAUCACAGAAACAUUGCAAAUGAAGAUGUUUCAAGCUUGAUUUCAAGUAUAAAGGAAGUUCUCCCAUCAGCUUGUGUUUUGUUUUCCAUAGAGUAUGGAGUAGAUGAUGAACUCCCUCUACCCCUGAUAAAAAAGGCUGUAAGAUUUAUGUCUAGGGUAGAUAUGAAAGAUAAGGCCCUUGAACAGGUUGCACCUCUAUUUAUUGAAGACUGCCAGUUAACCAAGAAUCAGGUAAGUAAGAUUGAAAUUUCAACUAGAGGUCAAAACCAUGAAGAUGUUUCAAAUUCGACAAAUUUGAUUUGUAAAAGCUGCCAAAGGAGUUGA